AUGAUGCCCGAUAAUGCAUCCAUCCUCUCCUCCAACCCCGCCCGCACAGUCUUCCCCAAGGGCCCUAGUUUCUCCCUUGAAGACUUCUCCAGUCGCGACUUCAUCGUCAAGGAAUUCAUCGAGGCCCUAUCCGACACUGCCACCUCUACGCGUCGGUCCGCGGUCGGAACCACCUCUACAAACCAACCAUUCGAUCCGAAACCCCUCAUCCGUACCUUUGAAGGCGCACAACGACGACUAGACGAGCUCUCCGGAGAUCUGGAAAUUAGAGAAAAUGAACUCUCCGCUGCCGUGCGCCGCGCAGAAGCUCAGCAUUCGCAAAACCUCACCUCCCUGGGACGGAAGCUGCGCCAAGCUAUCGAUUCAUUCCAGCAGCUCGAUACAUCGCUCAAUGGCCCCGGAUUGGAGAGCACAGGCGGAACCGGAAACAUGGCGGUGGAAACAGGAAGGAGACUGGAGGAGCUAGACCGACAGCGCCGACGCGCACUAGAUGCUCACUUUCUGCUGGAAUGCUGGGAUGGAGUCUCCAAUCGCGGCGAAAUCUCGCUCUUGGAGAAUCUGCGACGAUCGGGGACAGGAGAGGCCAAGGUGCGCUCUGCGCAUAUCGCAAGGCAGCUACUGCGCAUUAGUCAACGGCUUGAUCCGCAGAGCUGGCAGCAACAUCUAUCCACAAAUGGGAACCACGGGGCCAGUUCUCCAUCUGAGGAUGGUCAUAGUGGACAGAGUACACCGCGUCGGAAUACGAGGGAGAUUAUUGAGAAAUUCUCCGAAACUCUCGAAAAGGAUCUAUUGAAGCAAUUUGAUGAUUUCUACCGAAAGGCGAACUUUGAUGGGAUGAAGGAUUGCGCAACCGUGUUACAGGACUUCAACAGUGGUUCCAGUGUGAUUGCACUGUUCGUGAACCAGCAUCAAUUCUUCAUCGACCGGAGCCAGCUAGUGACGGAGGAAGUGGGAGGUGAUGCAGAAUCAUGGGAGAAGAUGGCAGACCCUGAUGCGGAGUUGCCAGGAGUCGAGCCGAGUCUUCAGUCAUUACUUGAUGAAGUUAAAGUGGUGGUGCAAGAAGAGUCGGCGAUCAUUAAAAGGGCAUUUCCUUACUACGAGCAAGUACUGGGUAAAUUUCUGCAACGAGUCUUCCAGCAAUCCAUCCAACAGCGAUUGGAAAUGGUGCUGGAGAAGGCCAGUGGAGUCUCGUCUUUGGCCUUUCUACGAUGCUUACAGAGCUCUCGCGGUUAUAUCAGUGCUUUGGUCGAUGACCUUAAGGCACACGGAUUAACUGAGCACCCCGAUCCCAUCUCCUCCCAGACUGCACUUUUACUAGAUCAGCAACUGGAGGAGCUCUUCGUCCCCUACUUUGUAGGAUCAUCAUACAUCGAGCGUGAGAAGCGCACACUUGAAGACCUCUUCAAUGCGCUUUUGUUCAAAUUCACCAGCUACCAGGCCCGCCGCAAGAAGGCCGCCACCACCUUCAUGGCAUCAUUGUCGCGCCCUGGCACCGAGUUGCUUUCCACCACUCGGGAUGCAUUUAUCGCUCGGCUAGACUCGACCGAUAUCUCUCCGUUUCAGAGACGCACCUUACUUUACGUAGCCAAACUGGGAGAUAUUCCCGAGACGAUGCGAUUGACCGAAAUCAAACUAACAGAAGAGGACGGAAUGCCCAAUCUAAGUGAUGCGAAGCGAAUGCUGAAGUGGCUAGCGGAAGCAGUGGGUCGUGGACUAGAACUGAGCGUCAAUGCCGAAACCCACAAAGACGUGUCAGCUCUGCUAAACCUUCUGCUGCUUACAAUGGGCGAGGGAUACAUCGAUGUUUGCCUAGAUGCCGCCAUGGAGUCAGCCACAUCGCAAGAAUCGAUCAGUAUCACGACUCGACGGGAUAUGGAGAAAAGGCUCAACCAGGCGACAACCCGAUUUGAGGAUAAGAUCAAUACGAUCCAACAGAAGACUAUUGACGGGACCCUCGCGUGGGUUAGCCGGUUACUUUCGGGACAAAAGAAGAAUGAUUUCCGGCCUCGUGAAAGUGACAAUCCUGCAUGGCUAGAGAUGUUACAAACACCUACCUGCGCCUCAAUCUGCGCAUUCCUCACGCGGCUGCAUAACAUCGCACGCACCUCAUUACCCUCUAGCGGGUCCAACGUGCGGCAAGUUCUAACCGAGAUCGCGUUAGGAACGCGCGGACUGUUACUAGAGCAUUUCAAGCGGUUCGCCGUUAGCGGGCCCGGUGGAUUAAUGGUGACGAAGGACAUGACUCAAUAUGCGGACUUGCUUAAAUCCUGGGAUCUAGACGAUGAGACCAAGGCUACUGGUGGCGCGCUGGACGUGCUACUAGAGGUUGGUAGUUUGUUUGUUAUUGGUGUGGAGGCACUUCGUGAACGGAUUCGUGGUGGUGCUGCAAGUGGUACUACUGGGGGCUCUAGUGGAUCACGAAGCACUCAAGAGGUCAAACUCAGUGUUCAAGAGGUACGAGCGUAUGUUUCUCGUCGGGAAGACUCGAAUACUUUUGCGAUGCAAUCAGUUUUGAACGCAUUGUGA